AUGGCUGAUAAGAAAGUGGAGACCAUGGACGAAGAACAUGAGCAAUCUCCUUCUCCUGCCACUCCUGACUCUAGAAAGCGACCGUGUAGGAUUAACNCCACUGCCCUACCUGCGCCAGGAGCUUUGAUUCUUUCAAGAAAGUGCGCCGGCACAUCCGGGCGUAUUGCUCUGCCGUGUACACCUGCACGGUCUGCGGCCGCGACCAGCCUUCUGCUGCCAAGCUCAAGUUCCACAUGCUCACGCAUUCAGACAGGCGAGACUUCAAGUGCCCCUCUUGUGGGAACGCCUUCAAGCGCAAGGACAAGCUCAAGGAUCAUCAGAAAAGGAUGCACUCAAAACCUACCGAUGCGGUCCUCAGGGACGAGCAACACACAGAAAAGGCUCCCCCAAUGAUACCACCAAGUACUUUCAACCGGCCGUACCAUUGCAAGCUGUGCCA